CGCGUCUGCUACUGCUGCUGCUGGCCGGUCUAGAUCCCAGAAGUAGGACAUGAAAAUAUCAACAUCGCACACCAACCACGAGUUCACUUCACUCACCUAACUUAUUUCCUUGCGGAAACCAGGAUUUUCCCCACCAUUUCUGAUUGUUGUAAUCUUUUCAGGAGACUUUCAAAAUGGUUUUGGCGUAGUUUUUUAAUUCACUGAAGACUUUUGAUUUAUUAUGGAUUCUGCUAAACCUAACAGAGACAGGUUUCAGUUGAGCCGCCUUGCCCUGUUGAAGUGCGAUUUGCGUCGGGAAAGAAUUUACGGUUAACUUCUUCUGUUGAUGAGAGACACACACUAAAAAGUCCAAACACCCAGUGUCUUUACGACUUUUUCCACAACAGAAAUCACCAGAGAAGCUGGGAAAGUUUAGUUGCAAAAUGAAGAGCAAGUAGAGUAAAAUAGAGAAGAGAUAUUUGAAAAGAUGUAUUUAAUUGCUCAUGUUUAUAUUUACAACUGUCUGAUGGUGUAAUUAAUUAGUAGACAGUUGGCCACAAUAGUUUCGAGGCUAAAUCACUUCUAAAAAAAAAGUAAUUAAAGUGGGAAAAGUCUUAAGGAACUGAAUUGCAAUAAUGGGAAAUUUAUAUACUUGUACUUUUAUGGAUUAAUGUCUAUCCUUGCACUCUGUAGUUUACCUUUGAGUUUAAUUUCAGUACAUCUUUAUUAUUGUCUGUGUAAGUCUUCUAAGUUUUCGUUUGGGGUGGUUCGUUGAUAUUAGCACAAAAUUAAUAACGAAACAUUGAGCAAUUCUUUUUUUUUUUUUAGCAAAAGUUCGUCUCCCCCUAAAUUCUUGUUGAUCGUUUUAUUUUUCUAAACCAGUCUUCAUGAACGAAAAAACCUAAUUGAAAAGCCAAAAAAAAAAAGAAAUCCUCCCAAACUUCACUCCUUUGUUAUUUCUUUAAGACAAAAAUCAGGAAAAUUAAGAAAUGAUGUUUAACCAAGGAACUUUAAAACGAAAGCUGCUGCGAGAGACCGAUGAUCAACAAUGUAUUUGCUUCCAGCGAACCCUACAAGUCACUCCAGACAUGAUUCAUCGGCUGGGGUUAGAGAAAGACCUUGAGGGUCACCAAGGCUGUGUGAAUUGUUUAGAAUGGAAUGAUAAAGGAACGUUAUUGGCAAGUGGAUCUGAUGAUGUUCAAAUUAUUGUGUGGAAUCCAUUCCGUCAUAAGCGCUUAACCACAAUCAGGACAGGACAUCAAGGGAAUAUAUUUUCUUUGAAGUUUCUUCCCAACUCUAAUGAUUCGAUAAUUGUGAGUGGAGCAGCUGACUGCAAGAUCCGAGUCCAUGAUGUAAAUAUUCAGGAAACCACACAUGUAUUUGGCUGCCAUGCAGGCCGUGUGAAGCGACUAGCUACUGCUCCGAAUGUUCCGUUUAUGUUCUGGAGUGCUGCAGAAGAUGGCACUAUCAUGCAAUUUGAUCUGCGAACUCCAAUUAUCUGUGAUAGCACACCCCAGAAUGUUUUAAUCAAUCUUAAUGCACAUAUGGGACUUCAUGCUGAAGCAAAGUGCAUUGCUAUCAAUCCUUUACGGCCAGAUGAGAUGGCAGUUGGAGCUAAUGAUCCUUACGUUCGGGUGUAUGACAGAAGAAUGUUGUCAUGCAAAAGUAUCAAAUUUCCUACUGAUAAUGGAUCACGGUCAUUUGAGGACACUCUGUCUCUGAUGCGGUCUGCGUACAGUGCGGAGUUCCCUAUGCCUCAAGGCUGUGUUAAGUUCUACAUAGCAGGCCACUUACCUCAGAAACAGAUGGACUACCGUAAGCGGUAUCGCACCCUUGCCUCCACCUAUGUCACAUAUAGUCCAGAUGGGUCUGAGCUGUUGGUUAACCUAGGGGGUGAACAAAUUUAUUUGUUUGAUGUAAAUAAAAAAAGAAAACCACAAAAGUUUGACACGUCUUUGGUACUAGGUAAUGCAAAUGGCAUAGUAAAAGAAGCAACUCUAUCAACUAAUGGCUUCAGUGUACCACAUCGAGCAGGUACAAAUGGAGUUACAACACCAAUGGUGCCAAAAUCUAGUAGAUCAACAUCUCCUUCUUCCUCAACAACUUCAUUACAAGCAGAAGAUGAUCCUGAAAAGUUUAAAUGUAGGAUUGGGAAAAGGUAUAAACGAGAUACCAAACGUUUGUCACCUCCAGUGGAAGCUCUUAAGAAGAAAGCCAACAAUUAUUUUGAAAAAGACCAAUGUAGGAAAGCCAUUAUUUUAUAUAACCAAGCGAUUUCAAUGAUGCCUCAUGCUUCAGUUCUCUACGGCAACAGAGCUGCAGCAUAUAUGAAGCGAAAAUGGGAUGGAGAUUUGUAUGCUGCUUUACGGGACUGUCACAGCGCUCUCCAGUUGGAUCUCAAUUAUUUGAAAGCUCAUUUCCGUCUGGCUCGCUGCCUCUAUGAAUUGUCAUGGCCCCAAGAAGCUCAUGACUGCUUACAGCAGUUCAAGUCCAAAUUUCCAGACUACGCCAGAAACAGUGCCUGUGAGACUCUCGACAGAGACAUCAAAGCUGCAAUGUUUUCAAAAACUGAUCAUGAUGAAGCCGAGUCAGGGAAGAGUGAAAGUGAACUAUCCUCUCGCAAAAAGGCUAUGGCAAUAUCUGAACAGGAGAAAAUAUGGCGAAGAGAUGCUUAUGAUUAUGAGAUGAGGUUCUGUGGACACUGUAAUACAACCACUGAUAUUAAAGAAGCUAAUUUUUUCGGAAGUAAUGGUCAAUACAUUGUUGCUGGAUCCGACGAUGGUUCAUUUUUUAUUUGGGAGAAAAGUACAACCAACAUCGUACGGGUGCUACAUGGAGAUGAGUCAAUUGUUAACUGUUUACAGCCACACCCUACUUACUGCCUUUUGGCCACCAGUGGUAUAGACCCUGUGGUACGUCUCUGGAGUCCAAGAGCUGAGGAUGGGACAAAGAAUGAGCGAGAAAUUGAUAACUCAGAUGAUGCAGCAUUAGCCAACCAAAGAAGAAUGAAUGCAGACCCAUUGGAAGUGAUGCUGAUGAAUAUGGGAUACCGGAUCACUGGAGUAUUAGAUAUGGAUGAUGAAGAUCAGGAGAGUGGACCGUCUACAGAUAGCCGAAGUGAGCAACAUUUGCAAUGUCGGCCUAGUUAGGUUAUAUUGGACUUACGGAUUAGUUUUAACUGAAAGCAGUCCUGCUUUCAUUCACCAUGGCCAACUUAACUUUUUGCAAUGAAAACACAGUUAUUAAAAUGGUUGUAAAGGAGAUAUAGCAGAGUUUUUCCCCUUGUUCAUCCUAAUCGGUUUUUUUUAACCAACCAAUUCCAUUCCCUUUUUUUAUUUUUAUUUUACUGUUUCUUUACCUUAAACCUACAUUAUUUUGUGUGAUUUCUUUUUCGUUAUUUUUUUUCUAAUUUCACAUAAAAUUUAUUUCCUUUGCAUUUAAUUUUAUUUAUUUUUUUUCACCUGUUAUUGUCAACAUCACACCUUUUUUUUAUAUUCUUUUUUUUUUUUUUUUAUUAGUUUAUGAUCGUUUUGCACAUGUUUACCACCUGGAAUCAACGUGCAUUUAGCAUCUAACAGGUGUUUUAACUUAGGUGAAUAAAAAGAUUAUGCUGGAGAAAGUA